GUUUUAUCAGCCUGUUUCCUGGCGUGCAUAUUCCACGUGACCUGUAUAGCUUCACCCCGCCCCGACUGACUGACACUCCCAGGGCUCAAAUUCGGCCUAACCGUUGCAGUCCAUGUCCAACUUAGUACGAUCAGUUUCGCUGGUUGAAGAACAAUAAUAUACGCUGCGUAUAUGUAUACUCCGUACUGCAAUGCGACAUGGCUAGUGAUUGACUUUCCAGCGUAACUACUCCUUGCUUUGUUCAAUUUUUUUCCCGCGUUUUGGUGGCCAGACUACCGCGAGGGUAGGUUCUGGCGAGCGUUCUUCCAAUCAUGGAGGUUCCUCUCCGCAUGUGGUGACUGCAGAUCCAUAAUAUCGGGAUGCAACACCAACGCUCGGCGCCGGAGGUCUGUACACGCUGUGCGGAGUGCUAUAGAACCUGCCUGUUAGUGCCUGGCCCAUGGCAUAGUGCAAAGAGAACCACCGCGCAGAACAACAUGUCGAUCACUAACAAACUCCCCUUCUCCCACGCGAUGCCCCAGACAAAGCUGCCCUGAUCUGAUGCCCUUGGCCAGGCGUCGCUACGCGCAUUGAGGGAAAUGUAUUAAAUCACGCAUGAUGCCCGCCCAAUUGUUACGAAAAUGGAGUCUACACGGUGAAAAGGACCUUAAAAUAAUAAUUCCCUGCUCCAUCCGGUCAUUCUUCCUAGCUGUGGUCUGAAGUGUCGUUCACUAUGCUUCUCACCUCCGUCACUCUUUUGGUGGGCGCACUGGCCUCUGGCCUGGUUGCCGCCGCGCCUCCUCCCCACGCUGGUAAUCCAGAGCCUCCUCCUCACGCUGGUAAAUCAGGCCGGCCCUAUUCCAACAUCCAGCUUGGUCCCCGCCCCUUCUACCUCGUCGACCAGAUGGACGAGGGCGAUCUGAAGAAGAAGCUUGACAACUGCAAGGAGCGCCGAAACACCCCUUCAGACUUCUCCAUCAGCCAUCGCGGCGCCCCACUUCAGUUCCCGGAACACACCAAGGAGUCCUGGCUGGCCGCUGCGCGCGAGGGUGCCGGCGUCAUCGAGUGCGAUGUGGCCUUCACCAAGGACCUCCAACUCGUCUGCCGCCACUCCCAGUGCGACCUACACACUACCACAAACAUCCUCACCAUUCCUGAACUCGCCGCCAAGUGCACAAAGCCCUUCACUCCGGCCUCCGCAGACGGCAGAGAGGAAGCAUCCGCCAAAUGCUGCACCAGCGACAUCACCCUCGCAGAGUUCAAGUCUCUCUGUGGCAAGAUGGACUCUUCAGACAACACCGCCACCACUCCUGAGCAAUACCAAGGCGGUAUUAAGGACUGGCGCACAAAUGUAUACACCGACGGCUGUCCCCAGCUAAGCUCUCAUGCCGAAUUCAUCUCCCUGGUCGACUCCCUCGGCCUCAAGUUCACCUCAGAACUCAAGACGCCCCAGGUCCCCAUGCCCUUCCAAGGCCCAGAUGGCAAGAACUACACCCAGGAGAUGUACGCCCAGCAACUCGUCGACGAGUUCCGUGCCGCCCACAUCAAGCCGUCCCGCGUCUUCCUCCAGUCCUUCCUACCUGAUGACAUCUUCUACUGGAUCGACAAUGAGCCCGCCUUCGCGCGCCAGGCCGUCUAUCUGGACCAGCGCGUCGAUACCCCCAGCGGAUACGAGGCGGCUGUAAAGGGCAUGAAGGAUCUGGCGAAACGCGGUGUUAAGAUUAUGGCACCGCCUAUCUUUGCUCUUUUGGAGCUGGAGGAUGACAAGGGCAACAGCAAGAAACCCCGCAUUGUGGCAUCGGGAUAUGCCAAGGCGGCGAAGAAGGCCGGUCUUGAUAUAGUUACCUGGUCGUUGGAGAGAUCGGGUCCGCUGAGGGAUGUUGCGGCCAAUAAGGAGUAUUAUUACCAGUCAGUGGCCGGCGCCGUGGAUGGGGAUGGGGAUGUUUAUGAUGUGAUCGAUGCGUUGGCGAGGCAGGUUGGCGUAAAGGGCAUUUUCUCGGAUUGGCCCGCUACGGUUACUUACUAUGCCAAUUGCAUGGAGAAGAAAUAGAGGGUCACAUACAUAACAUACAUAACCCUAGGAGGAUGAGAUAUACCUACCUAGGUGAUUUGAUGAGUUUGAGACGAGAGGGGUGGGUGUACAUAUUUAGAUUUUUUGAUUGUAAAUGUUUUUGGAUAUGUGUAUAUUUAUAUAUUGGUAUAAAUGGAUAAUUGAAUACCUUGGUUAGAAUUUCUGGACGCGGGGAGAUCUCGUUUCAAUAACACGCUUGUCGUGAAAUGUUUCAAACGUCGUAUCCCUGGCCGUGGUAUGGCGAUUGGACAGGAUGAACACCCACGAAUCUACUAUGAUGAGUUCUCCGCUUUGGAAUGCCUCGACUGUAGGAUAGCGCUGGGAAAUCAACGUUGCUAGCCUUUUUUGUUGCUUUCUUUCUUCUCUCUACAUGCAAAUAUUUCUUCUACGAGUAGUGCCAACGAAUGAAUGCUUUCUGGUUAGAUAGCCCGACGACACUAUACCCAAACCGCGGCCAGAAAUGAAUUACUGGUGUCAAUCCCACUGAUAUACACAAUAUAUAU